UUGUAGGAGUCAUCAAAUAACAAGUGUUCAACUUUUGUUGUCCGAUGACGUGGCAGCGAUUUCGUAUAGAUUUUCAAAAAAGAAAUCUCUCGUCCAUGGAGGAGAGAUCUGUUCUGGUUUCGAGGGGUUUUCAAGGCAACAAACAGCAAUCUUCUUCUUCUGAUUCUGGUUUAAGCUUGGGCUUAGUUGAUUUUCCUUUAUUGAAUUCAAAUGGUGGAAAGGAAGAUAACCCUAGAUGUGUUCUGCAGAAUAAUUUUAGGGGAAAUCAAGCAAAUGGUUGUUCCCAAAUAAUAGGGUGUACUGAGGAUAAUACUUUGAUCUAUCAAUCUCCGGUGAUGAUGGAGGGCGAAGAAGCAGUUUCUAUCUCUUCAGAGAUUCUUCAUCAGAAGAUUAAAGAAUGUGAAGAACUAGCAAUUGGGUAUUUUGUAGGUCGCAAGCAUUCUUACUCAAUGGCGAAAGAGGCAACAACGAAAGUAUGGAAGACAAAAUCCGAGGUAUCCAUUACUCUACACAGCAGUAAUUCUUUUGUUUUCAAGUUUUUGAAUUCUGAGGAUAGGAACUUAGCUCUAGACCAUGGGGCUUUUUACAUUUCCAGUAGCUUGUUUGUGGUUAGACCCUGGAGUCCCUUGAUUGAGAACUCAAUUGCAGAGAUGAAAUCCAUUCCGGUGUGGGUGUUGAUUUACAAUGUCCCUCUGCAUCUCUGGAAUAACAUAGGACUUAGCCCUAUUGCCAGUUUUGUGGGGAAACCAUUGAUGAUGGAUGAUUGCACUAUCAACAAAACUAGACUUUCAUAUGCAAGGGUUCUUGUUGAAAUAAGCUUUGAAAGUCAAUUUCCUGGCUUUAUCCCUUUGUGGAUUGAUGGAAAAUAUGUGAUGAAUCUCCCUGUGGAAUAUCAGUGGAAACCACAAAAGUGUAUGGUAUGUCAUUCUUUUGGGCACCCCAACAACAAAUGCUAUCUGAAGAAAGCUAGUGUUGGCAAAGCUCAUUGGACUUCUAAGAAGAGGCCUAACUUGGUGGAAAGGUUUAAACCUCUUUCAAAAGAAUGGGAAACUGGGAGUACAGAUACGGAGAAUAGAGAGCAAGUCAAAGAACAUUUUAUUGCCAGUAACAGAAGAUAAGGAAGAGACAGAUCCGCAUCAGAGGGAUGAGACAACUGGGGUAGGUCCUCAGUCCAGAAUUGAGACUACUGAUGGAAACGUGACGGAGGUGGUGGAACAAGACUCGACUUCACAACCUGAGGAAGUAGUAGAGGUAAGGGAUAUGAUUGGUAAGGUUAUUUCAGUGACAGUCAUUGAGAAUGUGGAUAGUGUCAAUGUGCUACCUGUCGACUCAAGUUUACAGAUUUUUAAUGGUAAUGGCAUGAGUGUUGGUGGGGGUACCAGAAAUGCUACCUCCCAAGUCAAACAAGGAAUGGUCAUGUUAUAAAAGAACCAAGAAUUCCGGAAGAAAAAGGAAUGGGCAUAACGCCUAUUUGAAUCCCUUUACCCUUUUGGAAUCAGAACCAGAAAGUGGGUUUGAUGACUCCAAUGAUGAGUUACCAGAGAAUUUGGAUGAAGAUUCUAGAGUGGGAAUUGGUAUUGGAAUAUGAAACAGAUGCGGAGGAGACGGGGGUGGAGAAAUUGAAGCUUCUAGAGGAUGUUUCUCAUUUUAAGCCAAUGAAUAGAGAACAACAUUUAAAAAAGCUUAAGAAUUUUAGCAACCUUCUCGGCGUUUCUCAAGGAGGAGAAGAAAGUGCAGUGGAGAACAUUCUUGAAGGUAUCGUAGAUAGGCACAGAUCUACAAAAUCUGAAAAGGAAAUUGCCAAGCUUGCUUGGAAUGGAGUUACUAGCAAUGAUAAAUUGGGACGUGAAAAAAGAACCCAUGUCAAGAAGAAGUACUAGGGUGUUCUUCUAGUGUGUUUGUGAAUGUUUUCAUGGCAGCCAAUGGCGUAGGCUUUGCUUACUUAGUUUUUCAUUCUUUUGCUUUGAACUUGGUAUUUCGUAACCUCUCUUGUUGCUCUUGUUGCUGCACUGUUUGGUGCAUUCUUUUCUUGUAUCUCUUUUUUACUUUUUAAUAAAAUUUUAACCUUUAAAGUCAAAAAAAAAAAAAAAUUAAGUUUCAGGAACUUGCUGUGGCUACAAAGAAUUUUUCAGCAGAAUCCCUUUUGGGUGAAGGAGAAUACGGGCGUACAGUCAAAGGAUGCUUAAAGCGUAGUGGACAGAAAUCAUCUUCACAGGAUGUUGCAAUUAGACAAGUUGACGAGGACAGCAUAGGUAGAAUUUACAGAGGCCAUGAACAGACAAUGUUUUCGAAAAUUCGCACGUGCAGCCUCUUGCACCAUCCUAACAUAGUCGCGCGAUCUGAUAGGUUACAGCAUGAAUGAAAAAAACCAGAUGUUUUUGGUUUAUGAAUUCAUGCCAUUGGGAUCCUUGAAAAAUCAUUUACAUGAUCUUCCGCGCAAUAAGAAGAAGCCUCUGGACUGGAAUACAAGGAUGAAAAUUGCAGCUGGUGCAGCUAAAGGACUAAAGUACUUGCACGAAAUAUCAAAUCCUCUUGCAGUUCAUGGGAAUAUCAAACCCUCCAACAUUCUCAUAGGCGAAGGAUAUGAACCCAAGCUGUCAGAUUUCCUCGUGCUCAAAGAAUGCAUUCCAGAACAUGAUGAGUCUAGCUAUGCAAGGUUUUUCAGCCGUCAUUGCCAUCGUCAGGCAGCGGAGCGCACCUGAAUAUUGUAUAUUGUUUAAACUCACUCAACAAUCCGACAUCUACAGUUUCGGCUUAGUCUUGCUUGAACUGAUUUCAGGGCGCAUAGCCGAGAUGGAGCCUAGUCUCGUUGAAUGGGGAAAACAUAAAUUGGUGUUCGGUAAGGAAUUCACCGCAGUGGCUGAUCCGCUACUGAAUUGCCAUUAUCCAGAGCAAGGCUUGUACCAAGCUCUUUCUCUUGCAGCUGAGUGUUUACAACUUGAAGAUGCCAGUCGGCCUCGUAUAGGACAUGUUGUUAAUGUUCUAUCAAAUUUAGCUUCAGAAAUAUACGACCCAAAUGCUAUCCAAAUUAACCGAGCAGGCACAUUGGCAAUUGGCAGCGAUGAGAAGGAAAAACUAGGAGAGCUAUGGCAGCAUGUCUGGUUUGUAUAACUGUUGCCAUGACUUACAAAAUGAAAGCUCUUUUAUGGUCUUCUUUUAAACUGAUAGAUCACAUUAUUGAAUUCUAAAAAUGUUACCGCAAUGCUGAUACCAUUGACAUGAUUGAAAACUCGUCAACCAAUCAAAAAAAAAAAUGUUACUGUGAUUUUUUAUUUUUUUUUUCGUUGAAGUAAAAAUUUGAUUUAGAACA